GUUAGGUUUAAUCGAGUAUAAAAUGAUCGGGAAGUUUAGUUGAAAUCAUCAGUUCGGUUCCAACUCUCAAAAAAGAAAAUGAGAGUCACAACCUUCGUGAUCUUGUGCUGUGCUCUGCAGUAUGCCGCUGCAGACCUCUUCGGGGACAGUUUACUCGCGGGAAACGCCCGCGAAGUGAGUGAAAGCACAACAGAUAACUUCACAACAGAUGGAAAUGGAAAUGUAACCGAAGUGAAAACAACCCACAAAGAAUAUCGAAGACACGGCGAUGUUCCUAACAACAUAUCAGGCGAAGACAAACUUGUGAGGACCUUCGUCAUCGAAACCGAUGCUUCAGGAAACGAAGUAAUUUAUGAAGAAGAUGUUGUUAUCCAUAAAGUGCCAGGAACCAGUGCGACAACAAAAACAACAACUGGAAGAAGGCAACUCGGAGGCCUAGGAGGAUCAUCAGGUUCAGCUGCAGCAUCUAGCGCAAGUGCCAGCAGACCAACUGUCAUUGAAAAAAAUGCAUCAUCAGCUACAGUAGCCGCAUCAUCAAGCGCGUCAGGACCAAACGGACAAAACGGACCAGGACCAAUUGGCUCAUCACCUUCAUCACCCGCUUCGUCUAGUGCUGCAGGAUUGAACGGAGCUUAUGGACCAUACGGACCAAACGGUCUAUAUGGACCAAACGGAGUUUAUGGACCAAACGGAGCUUCAGCUGCAUCCGCAAGCGCUGCAGGAGCAAACGGACUUAACGGAGCAAACGGAUCAUCAGCUUCAUCAGCUGCUGCCUCUAGCGCAAGCGGAAGCGGACCAGUCGUUGUAAUUGAAGAGAACAGUUCAUCAGUUGCAGCUGCCGCAUCAUCUAACGCUGCAGGAUCUAACGGAGCUUAUGGACCAUACGGACCAAACGGAGCAUCAGCCGCAUCCGCAAGCGCUGCAGGAGCAAACGGACUGAACGGACUUAACGGCGCUUCAGCUGCAUCCGCAAGCGCUGCAGGAGCAAACGGACUGAAUGGGCUUAACGGAGCUUCAGCUGCAUCCGUAAGCGCUGCAGGAGUAAACGGACUGACCAGACUUAACGGAGCAAACGGACUGAACGGGCUUAACGGAGCAAACGGAUCAUCAGCUUCAUUAGGAAGUUCUGCUGUAUCUGGAGCAAGCAGUAGCGGACCAGCAGUUAUCAUUGAAAGACGCCAAGGACCUAAUGCAUCCGGAUCAGCUGCAGCAUUUAGCACCUCUGGACUAAACGGACCAUAUGUACCAAUCGGAUCAUCAGCUUCGUCAGCUGCAGCAUCUAGUGCGAGCGGAAAUGGACCAGUCAUUAUCAUUGAAGAGGACAGUUCAACUGUAGCUGCCACAACAUCCAGCGCUGCUGGAUCAAACGGAGCUUAUGGACCUUACGGACCAAACGGAGCUUCAGCUGCAUCCGCGGGCGUUGCGGGAGCAAACGGACUUAACGGAGCAAAUGUACUGAACGGACUUAACGGAGCAAACGGACUGAACGGACUUAACGGAGCAUAUGGACCAAACGGAUUAUCAGCUUCAUCAGCUGCUGCAUCUAGCGCAAGCGGACCAGUCGUCAUCAUUGAAGAGGACAGUUCAUCAGCUGCAGCAGCCGCAUCAUCUAGUGCUGCAGGAUUAAACGGAGCUUAUGGACCAAACGGUCUAUACGGACCAAACGGACUUAACGGACUAAAUGGAGCUUCAGCUGCAUCUGCAAGCGCUGCAGGAGCAAACGGACUUAACGGACUUAACGGAGCAAACGGAUCAUCAGCUUCAUCAGCUGCUGCCUCUAGCGCAAACGGAAGCGGACCAGUCGUUGUAAUUGAAGAGAACAGUUCAUCAGUUGCAGCUGCCGCAUCAUCUAACGCUGCAGGAUCUAACGGAGCUUAUGGACCAUACGGACCAAACGGAGCAUCAGCCGCAUCCGCAAGCGCUGCAGGAGCAAACGGACUGAACGGACUGAACGGACUUAACGGCGCUUCAGCUGCAUCCGCAAGCGCUGCAGGAGCAAACGGACUGAGCGGACUUAACGGAGCUUCAGCUGCAUCCGCAAGCGCUGCAGGAGCAAACGGACUGAAUGGACUUAACGGAGCUUCAGCUGCAUCCGCAAACGCUGCAGGAGCAAACGGACUGAACGGACUUAACGGACCAAACGGAUCAUCAGCUUCAUCAGCUGCUGCAUCUGGCGCAAGCGGACCAGUCGUCAUCAUUGAAGAGAAUAGUUCAUCAGCUGCAGCAGCCGCAUCAUCUAAUGCUGCAAGAUUAAACGGAGCUUAUGGACCUUACGGACCAAACGGAGCUUCAGCUGCAUCCGCGGGCGUUGCGGGAGCAAACGGACUUAACGGAGCAAAUGUACUGAACGGACUUAACGGAGCAAACGGACUGAACGGACUUAACGGAGCAUAUGGACCAAACGGAUUAUCAGCUUCAUCAGCUGCUGCAUCUAGCGCAAGCGGACCAGUCGUCAUCAUUGAAGAGGACAGUUCAUCAGCUGCAGCAGCCGCAUCAUCUAGUGCUGCAGGAUUAAACGGAGCUUAUGGACCAAACGGUCUAUACGGACCAAACGGACUUAACGGACUAAAUGGAGCUUCAGCUGCAUCUGCAAGCGCUGCAGGAGCAAACGGACUUAACGGACUUAACGGAGCAAACGGAUCAUCAGCUUCAUCAGCUGCUGCCUCUAGCGCAAACGGAAGCGGACCAGUCGUUGUAAUUGAAGAGAACAGUUCAUCAGUUGCAGCUGCCGCAUCAUCUAACGCUGCAGGAUCUAACGGAGCUUAUGGACCAUACGGACCAAACGGAGCAUCAGCCGCAUCCGCAAGCGCUGCAGGAGCAAACGGACUGAACGGACUGAACGGACUUAAUGGCGCUUCAGCUGCAUCCGCAAGCGCUGCAGGAGCAAACGGACUGAGCGGACUUAACGGAGCUUCAGCUGCAUCCGCAAGCGCUGCAGGAGCAAACGGACUGAAUGGACUUAACGGAGCUUCAGCUGCAUCCGCAAACGCUGCAGGAGCAAACGGUCUGAACGGACUUAACGGACCAAACGGAUCAUCAGCUUCAUCAGCUGCUGCAUCUAGCGCAAGCGGACCAGUCGUCAUCAUUGAAGAGAAUAGUUCAUCAGCUGCAGCAGCCGCAUCAUCUAAUGCUGCAGGAUUAAACGGACCAUACGGACCAAACGGUCUAUACGGACCAAACGGACUUAACGGACUUAACGGAGCUUCAGCUGCAUCCGCAAGCGCUGCAGGAGCAAACGGACAGAACGGACUUAACGGAGCUUCAGCUGCAUCCGCAAGCGCUGCAGGACCAAACGGACUGAACGGACUUAACGGAGCUUCAGCUGCAUCCGCAAACGCUGCAGGAGCAAACGGACUGAACGGACUUAACGGACUUAACGGACCAAACGGAUCAUCAGCUUCAUCAGCUGCUGCAUCUAGCGCAAGCGGACCAGUCGUCAUCAUUGAAGAGAAUAGUUCAUCAGCUGCAGCAGCCGCAUCAUCUAAUGCUGCAAGAUUAAACGGAGCUUAUGGACCAUACGGACCAAACGGAGCAUCAGCCGCAUCCGCAAGCGCUGCAGGAGCAAACGGACUGAACGGACUUAACGGCGCUUCAGCUGCAUCCGCAAGCGCUGCAGGAGCAAACGGACUGAGCGGACUUAACGGAGCUUCAGCUGCAUCCGCAAGCGCUGCAGGAGCAAACGGACUGAAUGGACUUAACGGAGCUUCAGCUGCAUCCGCAAACGCUGCAGGAGCAAACGGUCUGAACGGACUUAACGGACCAAACGGAUCAUCAGCUUCAUCAGCUGCUGCAUCUAGCGCAAGCGGACCAGUCGUCAUCAUUGAAGAGAAUAGUUCAUCAGCUGCAGCAGCCGCAUCAUCUAAUGCUGCAGGAUUAAACGGAGCUUAUGGACCAUACGGACCAAACGGUCUAUACGGACCAAACGGACUUAACGGACUUAACGGAGCUUCAGCUGCAUCCGCAAACGCUGCAGGAGCAAACGGACUGAACGGACUUAACGGACCAAACGGAUCAUCAGCUUCAUCAGCUGCUGCAUCUGGCGCAAGCGGACCAGUCGUCAUCAUUGAAGAGAAUAGUUCAUCAGCUGCAGCAGCCGCAUCAUCUAAUGCUGCAAGAUUAAACGGAGCUUAUGGACCAUACGGACCAAACGGAGCAUCAGCCGCAUCCGCAAGCGCUGCAGGAGCAAACGGACUGAACGGACUUAACGGCGUUUCAGCUGCAUCCGCAAGCACUGCAGGAGCAAACGGACUGAGCGGACUUAACGGAGCUUCAGCUGCAUCCGCAAACGCUGCAGGAGCAAACGGACUGAACGGACUUAACGGACCAAACGGAUCAUCAGCUUCAUCAGCUGCUGCAUCUAGCGCAAGCGGACCAGUCGUCAUCAUUGAAGAGAAUAGUUCAUCAGCUGCAGCAGCCGCAUCAUCUAACGCUGCAAGAUUAAACGGAGCUUAUGGACCAUACGGACCAAACGGUCUAUACGGACCAAACGGACUUAACGGACUUAACGGAGCUUCAGCUGCAUCCGCAAGCGCUGCAGGAGCAAACGGACAGAACGGACUUAACGGAGCUUCAGCUGCUUCCGCAAGCGCUGCAGGAGCAAACGGACUGAACGGACUUAACGGACCAAACGGAUUAUCAGCAUCAUCAGCUACUGCCUCCAGCGCAAGCGGACCAGUCAUCAUCAUUGAAGAGAAUAGUUCAUCAGCCACAUCUAAUGCUGCAGGAAUAAACGGAGCUUAUGGACCAUACGGACCAAACGGAGCUGCAGCUGCAUCCGCAAGCGCUGCAGGAGCAAACGUACUGAAUGGACUGAACGGAGCUUCAGCUGCAUCUUCAAGCGCUGCAGGAGCAAACGGUCUGAACGGACUUAACGGAGCAAACGGAUCAUCAGCUUCAUCAGCUGCUGCAUCUAGCGCAAGCGGACCAGUCAUCAUCAUUGAAGAGAAUAGUUCAUCAGCCACAUCUAAUGCUGCAGGAAUAAACGGAGCUUAUGGACCAUACGGACCAAACGGAGCUACAGCUGCAUCCGCAAGCGCUGCAGGAGCAAAUGGACUGAACGGACUUAACGGAGCUUCAGCUGCAUCCGCAAGCGCUGCAGGAGCAAACGGACUGAAUGGACUUAACGGAGCUUCAGCUGCAUCCGCAAACGCUGCAGGAGCAAACGGUCUGAACGGACUUAACGGACAAAACGGAUCAUCAGCUUCAUCAGCUGCUGCAUCUAGCGCAAGCGGACCAGUCGUCAUCAUUGAAGAGAAUAGUUCAUCAGCUGCAGCAGCCGCAUCAUCUAAUGCUGCAGGAUUAAACGGAGCUUAUGGACCAUACGGACCAAACGGUCUAUACGGACCAAACGGACUUAACGGACUUAAUGGCGCUUCCGCUGCAUCCGCUAGCGCUGCAGGAGCAAAUGGACUGAGCGGACUUAACGGAGCAAACGGAUCAUCAGCUUCAUCAGCUGCUGCCUCUGGCGCAAGUGGACCAGUCGUCAUCAUUGAAGAGAAUAGUUCAUCCGCUGCAACAGCACCAUCAUCUAGUGCUGCAGGGUUAAACGGAGCUUAUGGACCAUACGGACCAAACGGUCUAUACGGACCAAACGGUCUAUACGGACCAAACGGACUUAACGGACUUAAUGGAGCUUCAGCUGCAUCUGCAAGCGCUGCAGGAGCAAACGGACUGAACGGACUUAACGGAGCAAACGGAUCAUCAGCUUCAUCAGCUGCUGCCUCUAGCGCAAGCGGAAGCGGACCAGUCGUUGUAAUUGAAGAGAACAGUUCAUCAGUUGCAGCUGCCGCAUCAUCUAACGCUUCAGGAUCUAACGGAGCUUAUGGACCAUACGGACCAAACGGAGCAUCAGCCGCAUCCGCAAGCGCUGCAGGAGCAAACGGACUGAGCGGACUUAACGGAGCUUCAGCUGCAUCUGCAAGCGCUGCAGGAGCAAACGGACUGAAUGGACUUAACGGAGCUUCAGUUGCAUCCGCAAACGCUGCAGGAGCAAACGGUCUGAACGGACUUAACGGACCAAACGGAUCAUCAGCUUCAUCAGCUGCUGCAUCUAGCGCAAGCGGACCAGUCGUCAUCAUUGAAGAGAAUAGUUCAUCAGCUGCAGCAGCCGCAUCAUCUAAUGCUGCAGGAUUAAACGGAGCUUAUGGACCAUACGGACCAAACGGUCUAUACGGACCAAACGGACUUAACGGACUUAACGGAGCUUCAGCUGCAUCCGCAAGCGCUGCAGGAGCAAACGGACAGAACGGACUUAACGGAGCUUCAUCUGCAUCCGCAAGCGCUGCAGGAGCAAACGGACUGAAUGGACUGAACGGAGCUUCAGCUGCAUCUUCAAGCGCUGCAGGAGCAAACGGUCUGAACGGACUUAAAGGACCAAACGGAUCAUCAGCUUCAUCAGCUGCUGCAUCUAGCGCAAGCGGACCAGUCAUCAUCAUUGAAGAGAAUAGUUCAUCAGCCACAUCUAAUGCUGCAGGAAUAAACGGAGCUUAUGGACCAUACGGACCAAACGGUAUAUACGGACCAAACGGACUUAACGGACUUAACGGAGCAAACGGAUCAUCAGCUUCAUCAGCAAGCUCUGCUGCAUCUGGAGCAGGCGGUAGCGGACCAGUCGUCAUCAUUGAAGAGAAUAGUUCAUCAGCUGCAACAGCCGCAUCAUCUAAUGCUGCAGGAUUAAACGGAGCUUAUGGACCUUACGGACCAAACGGCGCUUCAGUUGCAUCCGCGGGCGCUGUAGGAGCAAACGGACUGAACGGACUUAACGGAGCUUCAGCUGCAUCCGCAAGCGCUGCAGGAGCAAACGGACUAAAUGGACUUAACGGAGCUUCAGCUGCAUCCGCAAACGCUGCAGGAGCAAACGGUCUGAACGGACUUAACGGACCAAACGGAUCAUCAGCUUCAUCAGCUGCUGCAUCUAGCGCAAGCGGACCAGUCAUCAUCAUUGAAGAGAAUAGUUCAUCAGCCACAUCUAAUGCUGCAGGAAUAAACGGAGCUUAUGGACCAUACGGACCAAACGGAGCUACAGCUGCAUCCGCAAGCGCUGCAGGAGCAAAUGGACUGAACGGACUUAACGGAGCUUCAGCUGCAUCCGCAAGCGCUGCAGGAGCAAACGGACUGAAUGGACUUAACGGAGCUUCAGCUGCAUCCGCAAACGCUGUAGGAGCAAACGGUCUGAACGGACUUAACGGACCAAACGGAUCAUCAGCUUCAUCAGCUGCUGCAUCUAGCGCAAGCGGACCAGUCGUCAUCAUUGAAGAGAAUAGUUCAUCAGCUGCAGCAGCCGCAUCAUCUAAUGCUGCAGGAUUAAACGGAGCUUAUGGACCAUACGGACCAAACGGUAUAUACGGACCAAACGGACUUAACGGACUUAACGGAGCAAACGGAUCAUCAGCUUCAUCAGCAAGCUCUGCUGCAUCUGGAGCAGGCGGUAGCGGACCAGUCGUCAUCAUUGAAGAGAAUAGUUCAUCAGCUGCAACAGCCGCAUCAUCUAAUGCUGCAGGAUUAAACGGAGCUUAUGGACCUUACGGACCAAACGGCGCUUCAGUUGCAUCCGCGGGCGCUGUAGGAGCAAACGGACUGAACGGACUUAACGGAGCUUCAGCUGCAUCCGCAAGCGCUGCAGGAGCAAACGGACUGAAUGGACUUAACGGAGCUUCAGCUGCAUCCGCAAACGCUGCAGGAGCAAACGGUCUGAACGGACUUAACGGACCAAACGGAUCAUCAGCUUCAUCAGCUGCUGCAUCUAGCGCAAGCGGACCAGUCAUCAUCAUUGAAGAGAAUAGUUCAUCAGCCACAUCUAAUGCUGCAGGAAUAAACGGAGCUUAUGGACCAUACGGACCAAACGGAGCUACAGCUGCAUCCGCAAGCGCUGCAGGAGCAAAUGGACUGAACGGACUUAACGGAGCUUCAGCUGCAUCCGCAAGCGCUGCAGGAGCAAACGGACUGAAUGGACUUAACGGAGCUUCAGCUGCAUCCGCAAACGCUGCAGGAGCAAACGGUCUGAACGGACUUAACGGACCAAACGGAUCAUCAGCUUCAUCAGCUGCUGCAUCUAGCGCAAGCGGACCAGUCGUCAUCAUUGAAGAGAAUAGUUCAUCCGCUGCAACAGCAGCAUCAUCUAGUGCUGCAGGGUUAAACGGAGCUUAUGGACCAUACGGACCAAACGGUCUAUACGGACCAAACGGUCUAUACGGACCAAACGGACUUAAUGGAGCUUCAGCUGCAUCUGCAAGCGCUGCAGGAGCAAACGGACUGAGCGGACUUAACGGAGCAAACGGAUCAUCAGCUUCAUCAGCUGCUGCCUCUGGCGCAAGCGGACCAGUCGUCAUCAUUGAAGAGAAUAGUUCAUCAGCUGCAGCAGCCGCAUCAUCUAAUGCUGCCGGAUUAAACGGAGCUUAUGGACCUUACGGACCAAACGGCGCUUCAGUUGCAUCCGCGGGCGCUGUUGGAGCAAACGGACUGAACGGACUUAACGGAGCUUCAGCUGCAUCCGCAAGCGCUGCAGGAGCAAAUGGACUGAACGGACUUAACGGAGCUUCAGCUGCAUCCGCAAGCGCUGCAGGAGCAAACGGACUGAAUGGACUUAACGGAGCUUCAGCUGCAUCCGCAAACGCUGCAGGAGCAAACGGUCUGAACGGACUUAACGGACCAAACGGAUCAUCAGCUUCAUCAGCUGCUGCCUCUGGCGCAAGUGGACCGGUCGUCAUCAUUGAAGAGAAUAGUUCAUCCGCUGCAACAGCAGCAUCAUCUAGUGCUGCAGGAUUAAACGGAGCUUAUGGACCAUACGGACCAAACGGUCUAUACGGACCAAACGGACUUAAUGGAGCUUCAGCUGCAUCCGCAAGCGCUGCAGGAGCAAACGGACUGAGCGGACUUAACGGAGCAAACGGAUCAUCAGCUUCAUCAGCUGCUGCAUCUAGCGCAAGCGGACCAGUCGUCAUCAUUGAAGAGAAUAGUUCAUCACCUGCAGCAGCCGCAUCACCUAAUGCUGCAGGAUUAAACGGAGCUUAUGGACCAUACGGACCGAACGGUCUAUACGGACCAAACGGACUUAACGGACUUAAUGGAGCUUCCGCUGCAUCCGCUAGCGCUGCAGGAGCAAAUGGACUGAGCGGACUUAACGGAUCAAACGGAUCAUCAGCUUCAUCAGCUGCUGCCUCUGGCGCAAGCGGACCAGUCGUCAUCAUUGAAGAGAAUAGUUCAUCAGCUGCAGCAGCCGCAUCAUCUAAUGCUGCAGGAUUAAACGGAGCUUAUGGACCAUACGGACCAAACGGACUUAACGGACUUAAUGGAGCUUCCGCUGCAUCCGCUAGCGCUGCAGGAGCAAAUGGACUGAGCGGACUUAACGGAGCAAACGGAUCAUCAGCUUCAUCAGCUUCAUCAUCUGCUGCCUCUGGCGCAAGUGGACCAGUCGUCAUCAUUGAAGAGAAUAGUUCAUCCGCUGCAGCAGCAGCAUCAUCUAGUGCUACAGGAUUAAACGGAGCUUAUGGACCAUACGGACCAAACGGUCUAUACGGACCAAACGGACUUAACGGACUUAAUGGAGCUUCAGCUGCAUCCGCAAGCGCUGCAGGAGCAAACGGACUGAGCGGACUUAACGGAGCUUCCGCUGCAUCCGCUAGCGCUGCAGGAGCAAAUGGACUGAGCGGACUUAACGGAGCAAACGGAUCAUCAGCUUCAUCAGCUGCUGCAUCUAGCGCAAGCGGACCAGUCGUCAUCAUUGAAGAGAAUAGUUCAUCACCUGCAGCAGCCGCAUCACCUAAUGCUGCAGGAUUAAACGGAGCUUAUGGACCAUACGGACCGAACGGUCUAUACGGACCAAACGGACUUAACGGACUUAAUGGAGCUUCCGCUGCAUCCGCUAGCGCUGCAGGAGCAAAUGGACUGAGCGGACUUAACGGAUCAAACGGAUCAUCAGCUUCAUCAGCUGCUGCCUCUAGCGCAAGCGGAAGCGGAUCAGUCGUUGUAAUUGAAGAGAACAGUUCAUCAGUUGCAGCUGCCGCAUCAUCUAACGCUGCAGGAUCUAACGGAGCUUAUGGACCUUACGGACCAAACGGUGCUUCAGUUGCAUCCGUGGGCGCUGUAGGAGCAAACGGACUGAACGGACUUAACGGAGCUUCAGCUGCAUCCGCAAGCGCUGCAGGAGCAAACGGACUGAAUGGACUUAACGGAGCUUCAGCUGCAUCCGCAAACGCUGCAGGAGCAAACGGUCUGAACGGACUUAACGGACCAAACGGAUCAUCAGCUUCAUCAGCUGCUGCCUCUGGCGCAAGCGGACCAGUCGUCAUCAUUGAAGAGAAUAGUUCAUCAGCUGCAGCAGCCGCAUCAUCUAAUGCUGCAGGAUUAAACGGAGCUUAUGGACCUUACGGACCAAACGGCGCUUCAGUUGCAUCCGUGGGCGCUGUAGGAGCAAACGGACUGAACGGAGCUUCAGCUGCAUCCGCAAGCGCUGCAGGAGCAAACGGACUGAAUGGACUUAACGGAGCUUCAGCUGCAUCCGCAAACGCUGCAGGAGCAAACGGUCUGAACGGACUUAACGGAGCUUCAGCUGCAUCCGUAAGCGCUGCAGGAGCAAACGGACUGAAUGGACUUAACGGAGCUUCAGUUGCAUCCGCAAACGCUGCAGGAGCAAACGGUCUGAACGGACUUAACGGACCAAACGGAUCAUCAGCUUCAUCAGCUGCUGCCUCUGGCGCAAGCGGACCAAUCGUCAUCAUUGAAGAGAAUAGUUCAUCAGCUGCAGCAGCCGCAUCAUCUAAUGCUGCAGGAUUAAACGGAGCUUAUGGACCUUACGGACCAAACGGCGCUUCAGUAGCAUCCGCAAACGCUGCAGGAGCAAACGGUCUGAACGGACUUAACGGACCAAACGGAUCAUCAGCUUCAUCAGCUGCUGCAUCUAGUGCAAGCGGACUGAAUGGACUUAACGGAGCUUCAGCUGCAUCCGCAAACGCUGCAGGAGCAAAUGGACUGAGCGGACUUAGUGCAAGCGGACCAGUCGUCAUCAUUGAAGAGAAUAGUUCAUCAGCUGCAGCAGCCGCAUCAUCUAAUGCUGCAGGAUUAAACGGAGCUUAUGGACCAUACGGACCAAACGGUCUAUACGGACCAAACGGACUUAACGGACUUAAUGGAGCUUCCGCUGCAUCCGCUAGCGCUGCAGGAGCAAAUGGACUGAGCGGACUUAACGGAGCAAACGGAUCAUCAGCUUCAUCAGCUGCUGCCUCUGGCGCAAGUGGACCAGUCGUCAUCAUUGAAGAGAAUACUUCAUCCGCUGCAGCAGCAGCAUCAUCUAGUGCUGCAGGAUUAAACGGAGCUUAUGGACCAUACGGACCAAACGGUCUAUACGGACCAAACGUACUUAACGGACUUAAUGGAGCUUCAGCUGCAUCCGCAAGCGCUGCAGGAUCAAACGGACUGAGCGGACUUAACGGAGCUUCCGCUGCAUCCGCUAGCGCUGCAGGAGCAAAUGGACUGAGCGGACUUAACGGAGCAAACGGAUCAUCAGCUUCAUCAGCUGCUGCCUCUGGCGCAAGCGGACCAGUCGUCAUCAUUGAAGAGAAUAGUUCAUCAGCUGCAGCAGCCGCAUCAUCUAAUGCUGCAGGAUUAAACGGAGCUUAUGGACCUUACGGACCAAACGGCGUUUCAGUUGCAUCCGCGGGCGCUGUAGGAGCAAACGGACUGAACGGACUUAACGGAGCUUCAGCUGCAUCCGCAAGCGCUGCAGGAGCAAACGGACUGAAUGGACUUAACGGAGCUUCAGCUGCAUCCGCAAACGCUGCAGGAGCAAACGGUCUGAACGGACUUAACGGACCAAACGGAUCAUCAGCUUCAUCAGCUGCUGCAUCUAGCGCAAGCGGACCAGUCGUCAUCAUUGAAGAGAAUAGUUCAUCACCUGCAGCAGCCGCAUCACCUAAUGCUGCAGGAUUAAACGGAGCUUAUGGACCAUACGGACCGAACGGUCUAUACGGACCAAACGGACUUAACGGACUUAAUGGAGCUUCCGCUGCAUCCGCUAGCGCUGCAGGAGCAAAUGGACUGAGCGGACUUAACGGAUCAAACGGAUCAUCAGCUUCAUUAGCUGCUGCCUCUGGCGCAAGUGGACCAGUCGUCAUCAUUGAAGAGAAUAGUUCAUCAGCUGCAGCAGCCGCAUCAUCUAAUGCUGCAGGAUUAAACGGAGCUUAUGGACCUUACGGACCAAACGGCGCUUCAGUUGCAUCCGUGGGCGCUGUAGGAGCAAACGGACUGAACGGACUUAACGGAGCUUCAGCUGCAUCCGCGGGCGCUGUAGGAGCAAACGGACUCAACGGUGCUUCAGUUGCAUCCGCGGGCGCUGUAGGAGCAAACGGACUCAACGGAGCUUCAGCUGCAUCCGCAAGCGCUGCAGGAGCAAACGGACUGAACGGACUUAACGGACCAAACGGAUCAUCAGCUUCAUCAGCUGCUGCAUCUAGCGCAAGCGGACCAGUCGUCAUCAUUGAAGAGAAUAAUUCAUCAGCUGCAACAGCCACAUCUAAUGCUGCAGGAUUAAACGGAGCUUAUGGACCAUACGGACCAAACGGAGCUACAGCUGCAUCCGCAAGCGCUGCAGGAGCAAAUGGACUGAAUGGACUGAACGGAGCUUCAGCUGCAUCUUCAAGCGCUGCAGGUGCAAACGGACUGAACGGACUUAACGGACCAAACGGAGCUUCAGCUGCAUCCGCAAGCGCUGCAGGAGCAAACGGACUGAACGGACUGAACGCACUUAACGGAGCAAACGGAUCAUCAGCUGCAUCUAGCGCAAGCGGACCAGUCGUCAUCAUUGAAGAGGACAGUUCAUCAGCUGCAGCAGCCGCAUCAUCUAGCUCCUCAGGACCAAAUGGACCAAGAGGACCAUACGGACCAGGUGCCGCAUCUGCUGCAUUAGCUAGCUCGGCAGCAGGAAACGUCGCAAGCAAUAGUCCGGUUAUUAUCAUUGAAGAGAAGAGUUCUUCAUCUGCCGUAGCUUCAAGUGCUGUUGCUCCAGCACCAGUGACCCCAGCACCAGCGGACUAUAUCUAUGCACCAAGUCCAAGCCCUAGCUCUAGCUUAGCUGCAAUCUCCUCUGCCCCAGGACCAGUUGUUAUCGUUGAAGAAAGAGGAUCAUCUGCUUCAGCUUCAUCCAGCUCUUCAAGCUCAGCCCCAUAUGGAGUACCAGGAGUCAGAGUUCCAUGCCGUCUCACACGUAGACAAUUUGUCGUUAAGAUUGGCUCAAGACGCCAACCUUGCCUUAUUUGCUAAGUCAACUUUUUUUCAAUGUGUUUAGUUUGAUUUUUCUGGAUACAUCUUUUAUUGUAUUUCAAUAAAUUCUGGCAGUUUA